ACAACAUGUCAGCCCCCAUGAAGCGAAAAACAUCGACUUGGAGUUAAAAAAUAAUUUUUCAGUUUAGUACCGUAAAAUUUCUCUUGCAAUGGAUGCUGGGUGAAACUAUUAUAAAUAUUAUACAGUUGAUGGACGUAGGUGGAGAAGUGUACGAAUAUGAAGAAGGGGAAUUUAUUAAAACUGUUUGGAGUUAUCAGUGUUCUGUUUUUAAUGUUACAGUUGAUAUUGUAUAAAACAGUUUAUAGACAGACUGUAGAUUUUUCUAAGCCAAGUUUUAAAGUCAGUCAUACAGAAAAAUUGAGAUUAUUGAAGAUAUUUUUAACUAAAGCUAGUGAACUCAAUAUUAAUAUAUUUUUGAUAGAGCCAGACAUUUUGUUGUCAAUAGCAACCAAUAAAACCUCAGGUCACAUGACAUGUUCUUAUUUAUGUCAAUCUUCCAAUGUGAUCACAUUUGGUAUCCAUGGCAAUAAGGAACAAGAGAGUUAUUUAUUGGAUGACUUCAUAGCAGACGGCUUUCUUGUUAUAGAAUCUUACGUUAAAAAAUCUCUCUCUCUUCCGUCACAUUUAACAUCCAAUCAAAAUCUUCCGUCCCAUUAUUUCCUCUUUCAAACUGGACUUAUACUCCACGUGGUGGUGUAUUAUACCAGGGGAGAUAACUUUGUUUGGUCCAGUCGAGUUUUAUUUGAACCAGGAGUCAAGCCACCGUGGUUAAAGAUAAAUAAACUAACGUUUGGAAAACAUUCAGCAGCUACAUUUAAUAGUAUUGAAACAGAAGUAAUUAAGAUUGACAAUGUACAGAUAUCCGUUCCAACGAAUAUUAAUAACUUCCUGUCUGAUGUUGAAACAUCAACUUUUAUCGAAUGUAAUUAUGAUCGUGCGGAACUCUUCUACAAGAAAAACCCAAAGGAUUCCAGUCCGUCUUCUCUUCAUUUCCAGAAGAAAGGGAGACAACUGUUAGCAAAAGCGAAAGAUAUUCUAGAUUCAAUGGGUAUUAGGUUUUGGUUGAGCAGUGGAACAUGUCUAGGUUGGUAUCGUCAGUGUAAUAUUAUACCAUAUAGUAAAGAUGUUGAUAUCGGAAUCUGGAUUAAAGAUUACAAGGAGGGAUUAACAGAAUAUUUUGAAGAUCAUGGUCUUUUACUCAAACAUCAAUUUGGACAGAAAAAUGAUAGUUUUGAAUUAUCAUUCCGACUAGGUGAGGUGAAAUUAGAUAUAUUUUUCUUCUAUGAAGAAGAUGAUCACAUGUGGAAUGGUGGAACGCAUGCAUGGACUGGACAAAAAUACAAAUAUAUCUUUCCAAAAUUUACAUUGUGUUGGACAGAGUUGCUAGAUCUGAAAGUUCGCGUACCAUGUGAAACCAAGUCGUACAUUGUGGCUAAUUAUGGCCCCAACUGGUUUGUGCCAAUACAGGACUGGAAAUGGAAUAAAAGUCCACCAAAUGUCAAGGAUAAUGGAAUGUGGCCAACGAAAGACUGGGAAAGAGUGAUUCAAGUUUAUGAUUAGAUAUAGAUAGCGCCAUUUUUAGAAGUCAUGUUUCACAAAUCCUACUAAGAGUUUAGAUAUGUAUACUCACCUUUGUUUAAACAUACAUUAUGUUAGAUUUAGACAAAGAGAGAGAUUGAGAAAUGGGGUUUAACGUCCACUCGACACAAACUAGGUCAUUUCAGGACUAACACAUGGUUCAAUUUUAUUUCAAUAAUUCGCUUGUGCGUAGGGGUCUUUAGCAGUGGGAGGAAACCGGAGGAUCCGGAGAAAACCCACGAGGUUGGACAGGCGACCCUACUCCUUGUCACGUACAACCGGGGAUUCGAAACCACGCCAGUUGACUCAAUGACAGGCCGUAUGAUACAGCACACACGUGCUAACCAUUCGGCCAUCCAACCCCCCACGAUUUAGACAAAGAGCUGAUCGUUGUUGUUAUAAUAGUUCGAACAUAGGUAAUGCAGAAUUAAUAUAUUGAAAAUUUCAUUCAAAUUAAUUUAUUCUGUGCAAAGUUAAGAGUGUUUGAAGGUUUGACAGGACGUAGCAUAGAUUGUAUUGCUACGGUACUUGACAAUCGAGACUAAGUUUGAUCUCUUUUAUCAUUAAAUUUUUAAAACAGGGAUGUGUUCUAAAACAUUUAAAUCUCAACGUUUUUUCGCCUUGUCAGUGGUGCAGGACAGCUGUCUAGUCAUUUGGAUGGGACGAAAAAUAGAGGUUCCGUGUAUACAUUGGCGUGCAUGUAAACGAUCCCUUGGCAGGUGGAAUUCGAUAUAAGAGUAGGCCGUAGCACGCUGUCCGGGCAAAAUUUUCCUCAUAGCACACUGUAUGGCAUAUGCGUGUUUUCAUUUACAAAACAGUAGGAUGUUAAACCCCGUUUAAUUUCAUUUCAUUUUUUUCAUUGUGUAAAUGAUAAUUUAUAUAACAUUAUGUAGCUCUUACAUAAUGCCCAAUUUUAAUAUGGUUUUAUAGUACAGUGUCAAACUUGUCUACAUGGUUAUAUACUGCCACUUACAAGUGUUUCGUGAAACAAGUGUUGUUUACUAGUGUCAAACACGUCUACAUUGUCAUGGUUUAUAUACUUAUAUAAGUGUUUAGGGACUCUGACAUCAAUUCAUUAUAAUCCAAAGUUUUAUGUAAAAUUAUGAUGUCAUUGGGUAACUGAUCAAUAUCUAGUCAAUAAUCAUUUUGAAUGUAUAUGACUCAAUAAUUUAUUCUUGCCAUGUUGAAUGGAUGUGGCAGAACGGAGGGCCUGACAAGGACAGCUGCCUAGUCAUUCGGAUGGGACGAAAAACCGAGGUCCCGUGUACACAUUGGCGUGCACGUAAAAGAUCCCUUGGCAGUUGGAAUUCGAUAUAAGAGUAGGCCGUAGCGCCGCUGCCCGGGCAAAAUUUCCCUCAUAGCACACUGUAUGGCGUAUGCCCGUCUUCAAUUAGCCCAGGUUAGGUGCAGAAGAGUAGAACGUUAAACCCCAUUUCAUUUGAAUGGAUGUGACUGGCUGAUUUUUCUAGUCCUUAAGACAAAACCCCAAAAAACAUCUUUAAUGUUUGUUUGAUGACAUUUGGACAAGGAUUGGGUCACCAAACGCAACUCAUCUUGUUGCUCAUGGCUCCACCAAUCCAAGGACCUGGCAGGGGACAGUAUAUAGUCGUCCAGAUGAGACAAAAAAACUGAGGUCCCUUGUACACAUUGACGUGCACGUAAAAGAUCCCUUGGCAGUUGGAAUUCAAUAUAAGAGUAGGUCGUACAGCCGCUGUCUGGGUAAAAAUUCCCUCAUAGCACACUGUAUGGCGUAUGCCUGUCUUCAUUAGCCCAGUAUAGGAGCAGAACAGUAGGACGUUAAACCCCAUUUCAUUUCAUUUCAUUUCGUGUACAUGGGACCAUAGAUUUUUGUCCCAUCCGAACAACUAGACAGCUGUCCUUGUCAGGCACACUGUAUGGCGUAUGUCAUUAGCCCGGUAGGUGAAGACCAGUAGGACGUUAAAGGUACAAUAACACUCUUGCUGGCUUGACAGCUCCAGAUGUGUUAGUGUCCUACCUGUUGUGUAAAUUAUCCAUUACAUCCUAUUUUACUUGUCCAGAGUGUUCAAAAAUAUUUUUAAAUCCAAGUCACAUUUGAAAAGGUUUACAUUAGGCUUUUCAAAUCAUUUAGUUGAAUUUUUCCAAUUUUUUAAAUUAGGUGUGUUAAGAUGAAAUUUGUAUCAUCAAUUAAUUGGAAUAUUGUAAAAUAGUACAAUUUGUUGACUAGAAUAAAGAUUGGGACAUAUUAUUCAGUUACAACAAGAGUGGUAUUGAGCCUUUAAACCCCAUUUCAUUUCAUUUCCACCAAUUCCAGUGCAAUCAACAGGAAACUUGGUAUGCUUGUUUCUUAGUUAACUGCACAUCGAUAUGACAUUACAAAUUCAAGAUGGGGACAAUGACAUCAUGCUUGCUCCCUGGUCCAUAACUUGUUAAUUUAGAAGUUUUAUUUUAUUAUAAUUAGUUUAUAGUUCGUAAAUUGUGCCAUUAAUUUUAUUGAAAGAAAAAGUUCUAGUGUGUGCCAAUUGAUAUUAUAAAUAAUGCAUUUUACUUUUUUAUUUGUACUUUUAUUCUUUCUUUUUUUUUUAUGUUGUAUGUGAGUGACAGAAAUAAUAACUGUUUGUUUAUUUUAUUGUUUUUUUAUGAGAGUGACAACUUUAGUUUUUCAUUAAAAACAACUGACUAAUCAAAUUUUUUUCUUUUAAAUUUUUAGAGAAAUAAUAAACCCCAACCUAUUUCUGUGAAUUACUUCUGACUUAUUAAAACAUGAUUUUCCAAUUCUUUGUGUGGUGUGGUUUGGUGGCCAGGUGGUCUAGAGUGUGAGAUGUAGAUCGUAAAAUCUGUCACCAAUGCAAGUCGUGUGUCUGAUCCCAAACGUGUAUGUUAGCUAGUUAUCCGAGAUUUUGAGUCUUAAAUUAACGAUUUUAGUCCAACAUGCGAUAACGCGGCGAUAGGGAAAUACAAAUUAUUCAGUUGAACAUACUUUAGUCCUGAAAUUAGAUACAGUUUUGUGGAUCUUAAAUUCCAUGUCUUUGUAAAUUAAGUAUCUUAAGAAUUUUUUUUAAUCUACCAUAGUUGAAAAUGAUUUAUUGGUUUGCAUGUGAAUAACCAAAAUUUUAUGACAAUAAGCAACAUUUUGCACUAAAGAUUUAUUAAAAGUUGUUGUUUGUCCUUUUAAGGCUUUUUUAAAUCCCCUGCAAACUACAAUAGGAUUAUAAACCAACCGUCUUUUAAAUCUUAUUGAAGCCAAGCUGGGAGAUUAUUUACCAUUGUAAUUUUGGUUUUGUUUUCUUAAUUAUAAAACAUGCAUUAUGCAAGAGUUAAAUCUGCCAAUUGCAGGUCUUUCUUUAGGCCUAAAAUGUUACCUAAAUUAUUAAUUUGACAUUUAUUAACUUAUCCAGACCAUAAUCAACUCUCGAUGCCAUCCUUAGUUUGUGAUAUUUACUGGAUUGGAAUCCGAACUGCUGCUUAACACUCAUUGAUAAUUAAAUCAAAAAAUGGAUAAUCAAGACUAUGUUUUUUAUCGUUCUGACUUUAGUAACGAUAAUCAAGGCUACUGUCUGAACCAUC